AUGACGUCAGGCUGCAAAGCUGUAUCGCCAGGGCAUAAACGAGUCUUAGCAGGGCGCGGGGAAGCGGAGCCGACAGGGGCGCGUGGCGACGAUAGCGCGAUGGCGAUGGAAGAUGAUUGCUUCUUAAAGCCGUAUUACCCUGCUCCCGGCACUCGCCCCUCUCGCAUCCCCAAUGGCGACUCUCGUAUCGGCCAUAGCGAUAGCGCCGCCUUCUCUCGCAGUCGCUCCAGCUCCCCCUCCCCCGCUCACUCCGAACCCUCUUCCGCCCAUGCCUCGCCCGCCCCCGCGCGCCCGCCGUCCGCCCACAGGAGCGCGACGGCUGCCCCUCCGCGGCCCAUCUCGCCUCUGCCCCCGCAUGCUGUGCGGCGCAGACCGGGCGCGGAGGGGCGCGCGGAUGGGCGCGCGGGGGUAGGGGCGGAGCUGCGGGAGGGCAGUCCGGGGCGCGAUGGCGCGCUGAUGGGCGCCCGCGCGCCUGUCGUGCGCGAUGGAGCCGGCGGAGGCGGGGAAAAAGGGGGAGCGGAGAGGGUGAGGGCAGGGGGAGAGGGCGCGAGGGGAGGCGGAGAGGAGGCGAGGGAAGGGGGCGUGGCGCGCGGUAGCAGUAGGCCCCGGCGCGCGAGAGUGGCCAGCAGUGGCGACGCCGUCAACGCGGGCGCCGCCAGUGCAGGCGCGGUUCCAGGACCAGGCACUGCAGCAGCGGACGCCGCACACACAGCAGAUGCGCAAGCAGCAGCAGCGGCGCCGCUGACGCGCAGAUUUCCCACGGCCCCGCCAACAGUCCAUUCCGCCAAGCCUGCUGCGCCACUCAGCAGCAGCGGCGAGGGGGGGGCGGGUGCGGCCGAGGGGACGUGGCCGGGCGAAAUGGUGGGGGAGGGGGGAAGACGGGGGGAAGCGGGGGAGCAGAUGCGGGUUGGGGCGAGGCCGGGCAGUGGUAGAGCGGGGAUGAGACGAGGGCCCGGGGUGGGGCAGGCGGGCGCGCGCAUGGGCGCGGGGAUGGGAGGGGGAGGCGGGGCGCAGAGGCCUGUGACUGCUGGCGGCAGGCUGGUAGUGGCAGGGGCUGGCAACAGCCGAGGCGGUGAGGACAGCGAUGCAGCAGGCAGCGAGACGGGCGUGGGCGAUGGGGGGAGCUGGAAGGCCCGCCCGACACACGCUCAGCAGGGCGUGGGGCAGCAGGGCGUGGGGCAGCAGGGCGUGGGGCAGCAAGGGGUGGGACAGCAGGGGAUGGGGCAGCAGGGGAUGGGGCAGCAGGGGAUGGGGCAGCAGCAGGGCAGCGCAGGAGGGCAGAGUGGGGCGGGGCAGGAGCAGCAGAGGAGGGAGCGGCGGCAUGUGCGGCAGGCGAGUCUGCAAGUGGACGCAGACCGCUCCCCCCGCGGCCUCUCGCAGUCCCCCCCGCGUGGGGGUCCCCCCGCGCCCCUGCACGCGGCAGCAUGCGCGGAAGCAGGGGGGGGCAGCGAGGGUGAGACAGGGGGGUCCGCGAGGGCGGGGGAGAGGGGCGGAGGAGGGGGGCGGGGUGGGGUGAGAGCGAUGGGGCGGAGCAAGGCGAGUGGCAUGGGGCGGGCGAAGGGUGUGAUGGGCGUGGAGCGAGCGCAAAUGGGAAUGGAAAGAGGUGUGAUGCGCGCAGAAGCAGGGGGGGCGAUGGAGGGAGUGGAUGGAGGGUCGGCGGGCGGACGAGGCAUCCCUGAAGGGGCACACAGUUCCCUGCGCCAGCAACCGCUGCACGGUCCAGUCAGCGCUGACGUGGCACCAGCAGCAGCAGCAGGAGCAGCAGGAGCAGCAGGAGCAGAAGCGAGCUCGCAUUGGAAUUCAAAUAAUCAUGGUGGCAGUGAGAGAGGGGGUGAGGGGAAUGGAGUGGUUGGGGCUGUUGCAGAGGCCAGGAAGGUCCGUGCAGGCGGGCAGAGCAGCACAGGCAGCAGCAGCACUGAGCUUGCGCUACGAGCGGGCGGCAACGGACGGCUGCGAUCGAGUGUGAGUUUCGGGCAGGCCAGUGCGUGUGAGCUGCGCUCUGCUGCUGCUCCCACUGCCACCGGCACUGGCGCUGCCGCCACUGGCAGCAGCGGCGGCACCAGCAGUGCAGGGGAUAGCAGCGAACGAGGGGCUGGGGAAGGCAGUGGGGGGAGUGGUGGUGGUGGUGGGGGGGGGGGACAGGGCUGCAAAGGGCUGAGUGAAGGGGAGGGCGCAAGUGGUGGGCUGGGGAGGCAAGGGGGGGGGGCGAGGGCGCGUCCAGAGCAGAUGGCGGGGGAGGAAGGCAGAGAAGGCGAGAGGGCGGGAGGAGGGGUGAGUGCAGGUGAGAGCAGUGGGUUCAAUGGCAGGGGAAGAAAGGCGCGAGAGGGACCCGCCAGAAGUGCGGGUGGGGAAGGGGGAGCAGCAGCAGCAGGGGCGGUGAGACCCGAGGCACACACAGGUGCCGCUGUGGCCCUCGCUUCUGCCCCUUCCCCCGGUAGUGAGUCGGGGAGGGGCAGGGGCGUGCAGAUGGGUGGGGAGAGGUGGACAGCGGCACAGAGGGCUGCAGCACGGGACAUGCAGUGGGAGAGGGAGCGGGAGAGGGAGAGCGGCAGGGGCAGAGCGACCCGCGGGAGAGAGAGAAACAGGUCGAAUCCUGCCACUCCCACAGGUGCCUCCCGCACACCACGAGGGGCCGUGGAGGGUGGGGGGACGCCGAGGGGUGUGGCGGAGGGAGGAGGGGGUGCUGCGGGUGAAGGGGCGGAGGGAGGGGGCGGGUCAGGGGAAGAGAAAGCGGGGCGUGCACGUGCAAGGCGGGGUAGGAAGGGCGCGGGCGAGGGGGGGGUGAGGCGAGGGGAGGCUGGUGAUGAGGGCGAGAGGAGUGGCGGGGCGAGUGAUGGGAUGGUGGAUGGAGGGAGUGUGCGGCAGCAGAGAGGCUUAGAGGAUGGGCGGAAAGGGCGAGAGGGAGAUAGAAGGGGCGGGGAGAGCAGUGACAGUGGUGUGGUUGGAAGGGAGAGAGAGGGGAGAGAAGCGGCAGAAGUGGAGGGUCUAGGAGGGGAAGGGCCAGGGGGCAUGGCAGGAUUGGGUUCAUCUGGCUUCAAGGGGCUGGCCGUGGCACAGCGACGGAUGCAGCAGCAGGCGCAGCAGCAGACAGAGCAACUGCAACAGCAGGCACAGCAGCAGCAACAGCAGCAGCAGAGGGAGAGGGAGGGGCAGGGGUGGCAGCAUGGGCAGGCAGUGCAGGGGGAGGCAGAGAAUGGGGGUGGCAGCAGAGGGGGCAGCGCACAGGUGGGCGAGGUGGAGGCGGGUGCAGUGGGUGGUGGGGGCGGGGUGAGGGGGCGGCGAGGGGAGGUGGUGACAAGCCGGCCGUGGCACGCGCGUGUGGGGGAGGGGAGGGGUGGGCGCGCGUGGGACGAGUCAGCAGCCAUCGGGGCGCCGGUCACACUGCUUGCUGCCGUGGGCAGUGGCAGUGCGGCGGAACUUGCAGUACGGCCCAUGCCAUUCACUGGGGUUGCUGCUGCUGCUGCUGCUGCUGCUGCUGCUGCUGCUGCUGGGGUUGCUGGUGGGGGGGGUGCAUGUGAGGCGAUGCCGCUGACGCCGCCUGUGCUGUCCCUCACGGAGCAGCGCCUGCUGGCAGCCCGGCACGGUGCAGCAGCCAGUGCAGGGGGCGGAGCAGCAGGGGGGGCAGCAGUGGGGGGCGGCAGGAGGGGGGCGCGAGCCAUGGUGAAGAGCAUGUCCAUGUCCGCCGCUGACCUGCACCUCGUGCCCUCGCCGCAUGCCACUCCGCCCCCUGACGCUUCUGCCGGGAGGGUUGCCAUGGGCACCGGUGUAAGCACCGGCACGGGCGUGGGCAUGGGCGUGGGAGCGGGUGCAGGCUCUCGAUCUAUGGCCAUUUCUCGCACAUCCUCCUCCUCCGGCCGCCCCGCAUUCCCACACGCUGCUUCUACUUCUGCUGCUGCCGCAGCUGCAGAAAGUGCGUCUGCGCACUCACUUGCCAUGCACCCCGCCCAAUCCGUGCCUCCUGCCAGUGACACUGCAUCAGCCGCCAUGUUCCUGGGCAUGGGCCUCCCUGCCGCUCGCAACUCUGAUACCUCUGAGCGCCUGCUUCACCUCACAGCGCGGUGGAGCGAGGUGCAAAGCGGUGGCGGCGGGCGGACGGGGGCAGGAGUGCACUCGGAUACGCCAAGGCUGGGCAGCGGCGUGGGGGGCUCCAUGGACCUGCGGCGAGCAGCCUUCCAUGCAAGCAUGGGCGCCGCCACGAGCAUGGGUGCAAGCAUGGGCAUGGGCGUGGGUGUGGGCAUGGGCACGGGAGGAGGGAGGGUUGGGGGGGGCAUCCCAGCAUGUUCGAGUGCGGAGGCGGAUGUACCCGCGUGGGCAGCUCCCCAGGGGGACAGUGGGGGCGCAGAAGCAGGUGGGGGGAGCGCAGUAGCAGUUGCAGGUGCAAGAGGUGGUGGGGCGGGCAGGCGGGCAGGAGGAGGCGGUGCGAGCGGGCGGUCUGGGCUGGGAGGAGAGGGGGGCCUCACCCGCGGUGGGUCGGGUGUGAGUGGUGCUGUGGGCGGUGCGAUGAGAGCAGGUGCACCUGCGGGUGCUGCGCUGCGGCGCCAUGGCAGCAUGUCUCUGCACCAGCAGCUCGUGGCUCCUCCUGUUGGCACGUGGCAGGAGCAGGCCGUGCAAGGUAAGCAGCUCAAGAUGAAAAGUGCCAUAGCCGCUGCCACAGCCGCCGCUGCUGCUGCUGAACCUGCUCUUGCCACUGCUGCCGGCACUGCUAAUUCUGCAUCUGCAGCGGCAGCGGUGGUGAGUGGGAGUGGGUUGCAGGAGAAGGCAGUGAGAGCGUAUCCAUUGGCGAGGGCGCACACGACAGCAGCUCGCAGCACACUGCGCACGCCUCCCUCUGCUGCUCUCUUUGACUCGCGCAGCUUCAGCAGCCGCGCCACUCCCCCUGCCACCACCACAGGUGCUGCUGCUACCACCAGCAGCGGUGCCAGCACCACAGGUGGUGGCAGCAGUGGCACGAGCAGCAGCGGCAUGUGCAGCAGCGGUGCUGGUAGCAACGGCGGGGUGAGCAGCAGCAGCAGCAGGAGGCUGAGCGUGAGCAGCUCGUCCAGUGCCAUCACAGCCCGCAGUGCCACGCUCACCGGCAGAAUGCUCACCAGCACCUCCUUCACCACCACCAGCACCACCACUAGCACCCUACCCACCACCACCACCUUUUCCACCAGCGCCACUGCUGGUGGUAGUGCGAGCAGCAGCAGGGGCUUCCAUCGUGCCGCCACUCUGAACGCGCGCUCCCUCGGCCUCUCCCUGAACGCGCCUGCCCUCUCUGCCCUGCCUGCGCCUCACGUGCAUGGGGCGCCCUCCUGCCCUGCCGCAGCUGGUGCUGUGCCAGGCACGGGCAGCACCCGGCAUGAGCUUGCCCGCAGCGCCAGCAGCAGCGCUGCCAGGCUUAGGGGCGCGGCGGUGGGGGCCGGGGUGAGAGGCGGGUGGGAAAAGGGGACGUUGAGGAGUGAUGGUGGGCGGGAACAGAGCGGAGGUGGGAGAGAGGGGAGCGGAGGAGGGAGAGAGGGGAAUGGAGGUGCAAGAGAGGGGAGUGGAGGAGCAAGAGAGGUGAGUGGAGGAGGGAGAGAUGGUAGCAGAGGAAGAAGAGGGGGUAGUGGAAAAGGGAGAGAGGGGAGUGGAGGAGGGAGAGAGGGGAGUGGAGGAGUAAGAGAGGGAAGUGGAGGAGUAAGAGAGGGGAGUGGAGGAGUAAGAGAGGGGAGUGGAGGGGACGGUGGAUGGGCAGAGGCAGCAGCAGCAGUGGCAUUUGGGGCAGCAGCAAGUGGGACAGCAGCAAGUGGAUCUAUAACAGGGAGGUCAGCUGCAAGGGCGAAAGCGAUGAGGGGAACAGCAGCAGGGGGAACCACAGAGAAGGGAGUGGACGUAGGGGCAGCAGGAGGAGGGGAAGCAGCAGCAAGGGGAGCAGGAGCAGCUGGAGAAGCAGCAGGAGGAGGAGGAGCAGCAGGGGCAGCAGCAGCAGCAGCAGCAGGAGGAGGAGGAGGAGGAGGAGGAGGAGGAGGAGGAGCAGCUGGGGCAGCAGCAGCAGGAGCAGCAGGGGCAGCACCAGCAGUAGCAGGGGCAGCAGGGGCAACAGGUGCAGCAGGGGCAGGGAGCAGCAGGGGAGGCGGCAGGGUGGCAGGGAGGACACUGCGCAAGAUGGCGAGUGACAACUUCCGCUCCUCCGGCCGCCCCAUGGGCAAGCCCAUGGGCAACCAUGUGGGGGUGGCGGCUGAUGGGGGCAUGGGCAUGGGCAUGGGCAUGGGCAUGGGCAUGGGCGUGGAUGGGGUGAGCGGGGGAGGCAACAGAGCAGUGAGGCUGUCCUCUACUGCCAGCUCGCUGGACCUCGCUGUGCCCUCUGCUGCUGCCCUUGCUGCGUCCGCCUCUGCUGCUCGCCCGGCUGGUACUGCUGGCGUGGGCACAGCCGGUUGGAGGGGGGAUGCACGGAGGAGAGGGGGCAAUGAGGGCGGUGGGGAGGAGAGGCGGGGGGAGGAGGAAGGGAAGGCGGGCAAGGAGGAGGCGGUGACUCCGUCCAAGGCGAGCCGGGAGGACAGUGUGACGCCCAGCCGGCUGUCGCGCGCCCGGCGAGCUGUUCUGAGUGCUGCUGGUAAGGAGCGGCGGCGCGCUGCUGGGAAGGGUGGUGAGAGGGGUGAGGGGGAGGAGGAAGAGGAGGAGGAAGAGGAGGAAGAAGAGGAUGGAGAGGAGGAGGAAGAGGAGGAGGAGGCUGAGGAGGUGGGAGGGGAGGAGGGAGUGACAGACGCUGAGAGCGAGGAGGAUUCGAGCAUUCCUGUGGCCGCCCAGGCAGUGAGUGCGCAUCAUGGCAGCGGGGAGCAGGGAGGAGCAGCAGCGGCGGGGGGCAAGGGGAAGGCGGGGCUGCUGAGCAAGGCAGCCAAGGGCAUGCGGGGGCUGGGCGACCGCAUCACACGGGCGCGGCUGAGGCUGCUGCAGGGCGGGCAGGCGGACGUGCUGGGGAGGGGGUUCUCGGACGUGCGUGGGGAGUAUGACGUGGACGGGGGCCAGCAGGUGGGCAGCGGGCAGUUUGGGGUCAUCCGUGUGGUCACACACCGGGCGAGUGGGGAGCGCCUGGCAUGCAAGUCCAUUAGCAAGACGUGCCUCAAGUCCAAGGCGGAUGCGGCGGACAUAAGGAGGGAGGUGGCCAUACUGGAGCAGCUCAAGGACCACCCCAACGUCGCCCGCCUAGCUGCUGCCUUUGAAGACCCCAAGGAGGUGCAUCUGGUGAUGGAGCUGUGUGAGGGCGGGGAGCUGUUCGACCGCCUCAAGGCGAAGCGAGUGUACGAGGAGGGCGAGGCGGCAGCAGUGCUGCGCACGCUGGUGGACGUGUUGAGGCACUGCCACGCCAUGGGGGUGGUGCACCGCGACGUCAAGCCCGAGAACAUCCUGCUCGUGUCCCAGCACAGCGACACCGAAGUUAAAGUCAUUGACUUUGGCAUUGCCGCCUUCUACAAGCCUUCGCGGCCGCUGACGGAGUUUGUGGGGUCGCACUACUACAUGGCGCCGGAGGUCAUCGAGGGCAGCUAUGGCCCACCGGCGGACGUGUGGAGUGCAGGAGUAGUGCUGUACGUGCUGUUAUCAGGGGUGCCGCCCUUCUGGGCGCGCUCGGAGGACGGCAUCAUGCACGCCAUCCUGGACUGCCGCCUGCGCUUCAAGCCCGAGGUGUGGGGCAAGCGCUCCCACCUCGUGCACGACCUCAUCCGCCGCAUGCUCACACGGGACCCCGCUCUCCGCAUCACCCCCGCUGGCGUCCUUGCUCAUCCGUGGAUGGCAUCGGCAGCGCAAGCAGAAGAUACGCAGCCGCAGUAA